ACAAAUCUCUCUCCCUCUCCCUCUCUCUCUCGGUGAGAAGAAUUGAAGGAGACGAUGGCGAUGCAGAAGUGUGUGCUUAAGCUUCCAGGCCUGUGCGCUCGUUCAAAGUUUCGCAGUGGCUUAUUGAGCAAGCAGAUUCCUCAGCUCAAACUCCAUGGAACUCGUGCUCUGUCUGAAGAAGGGCUUCGAGGAUUAAGGUCGUUAAAACCAACCUCCGCUUCUGGAAGUUCACAGGAGCACCCUCUUUCAUUGAUGGAAACUGAAUAUGAAAAGCUUCGGGUUGAGAUGAAGAAGAUGCACAGUGAAUUAGUGAGGCACAUUUCUGAGUCAGUGAAAUCUAAUACAAGUCGGCAACAGGAGCAUAAGUUUUCAAAGAUGGAAUUUGAAUCGGAUAAGGUUCAGAAAAACUUCCAAAACAUGAUCAGUGAUGAGAUUGGCGAGAAAUUCAACAAAAUAAGUCAAGAACUUGCUGCACUAGGUGCUGAGAUUAAAGUCAUACACAAUCAGACGCAAUUAUGUUCAGUGGCCUCAGCCUGUGUCAUUGGGGCUGCUGUUGGGACUACACUUGGUAACUUGUGAUGGUAUAACUGAAUGUUACAUUAUCACUACCUAUCAGUAUUCCAGUCUUACGUUAUCAGAUUCUGUAUUUGUCUCAGGUUAACAAGCGAAAAUAUGUUAGGCGUUAGGACUUGUUGGUUGGACUUGUUAAAAGUGAAAGGGUGAAUCAGUUGAUUGAAAAUGCUUUUUUUUUUUUUGGUUAUCUUAAUGAUCUA